AUGAAUCUGCCGACCAGAGAGCAGUGUGAGGGCUGGACCCCAACACAAUUAGCUAACUACCUGAGUCAGCAUCUUUCAGACAGUGACCUGAGCAAGUUCAGUCUCAUCCACCGACCGCAGCUCCAGAAGAUGGUUCAAGACAUCAAGAAAAAUGAUGACAGUCUUUUCAACAGGUUUAGAAGGUUUCAGAAUGAGCAAACAGCUAACAUUAUUAAAACAGGAAGAAAUACUCUGGAUCGAAUGAAAAAAAAUAAAGUACCUCCCAAGCUUCCUGCACGAGACUACCAAGGCAUGUCAAAAUCUAGUCUCAUCUAGCAUUUAGACAGUGACAUGUAUGAAGACCCUCAAGUUGAGGCUGAUGACAACUAUGAACCUCCACCAUCUGAGAGACCUUUCCGUCCAACUCCAUCUGUCCCUUACCCCAGAGGAGAGUACUUAGAGAGCCGUCACAGUCGACCAAACCCCAGGCCUAGCAAAAACCGCCAUCCAAACAGUGCUGCCAAGCCACCAUUGCCGCCCAAAGGCAGCAAUUCUUCUGAUGAUGAGGAUUACAUUGAACCAGAGGGUGAACAGGAGAAUCAGGAGGAUGACAAUUAUAUUGAUCCCACAGAAAAAAGCUCACCAAGUACUACGGUGAACAGAGUUGUCAAACCAAGAGUGGCAUCACUCAAACCUACCCAAGACGUGUAUGAAGUUCCUGAUGUGGAGGAAACCCAUCCAGCUAUCCAACAGUCUGACUCUCACCUCAGAGCACCUCUACCGGCACUGCGUCCUGUAGCCAGUCCCAGGCUUCAUGUUCGGAAACCAGCUCCUGAUCCAGAAACAGACGAGGAUGAUGAGUAUGAGGUGUGUGAUGCUGAUGAAGUACGACGGCCAUCAGUUGCCUCAGCUACAUCCACACCCUCAAGUUUCUUCAGACCUAAAAUGCCUCUGCCUCCUAGGUCACCUGCUCAGAAACCCCCUGUAGAAAGAAGCCCUGAGAAUGGAGCUAGGGGAGCAGAGGAGGACGCUGGGGUCUAUUUGAAAGUGUGGUACGCUAGCUCCUGUGACCGCAGGAAGGCCGAGGAUGCUCUGAUUCGAACAGAUAAGGACGGAGCAUACCUGGUCAGAAAGAGUUCGGGACAAGAUGCCCUGCAGCCUUACACUUUGGUGGUGUUUUACAAUGGCAGAGUGUACAACAUACCUGUUCGCUACAUUCCUGCCUCACAGCAGUACGCCCUGGGAAAGGAAAAAGCAGGAGAGGAGCGCUUCAGCAGUGUCUCCCAAAUCAUAGAGAACCAUCAGAAAAACCCUUUAGUGCUUAUAGACAGUGUAAACAACACCAAGGACUCCACCAACCUUAAGCAUGCAGUAAAACCAUGAGGAUUACUGGGAACCAGUUAGGCAUCUCAUCCCAGCACCAUGGGAUACAGGAUUAUUAACUGGACUGUUUUUUGACAGGAGAGAUUUCUCUCAUCUUCACAAUUAUUGUCUGACACAAGAUGUUUAAAUGACCUACAAUUCUCUCUGAGUAAUGAUUUGCU